AACUAAACACAUUUUAACCCGGAACAGGAGGGGGCGAGCAAAACGACGACACACGGUGCAGCGGAUAGUCGGACUAUUCUUUGCGGUUUACUUUGUUAUUGUGAUAAAAAUAGUCAUCUGCAUACCGACUGCCAACAAGGGCGCAUUAGCAGGAGCAUUGAAAGCGCUCGCGCAGACGUUAGCGAUGUCGGUCGUGCCUCCCAGUCGCUCCUCCACCGGCUGGCCGCGCGGUGGCUCCGUGCAGUUUGGGAACAAAUAUAUCAGCGGCCCCGCCAAGCCUCUCACCCUGGAGAGGACCAUCAACCUAUACCCUCUCACCAACUACACAUUUGGCACCAAGGAGCCUCUGUAUGAGAAGGACAGCUCAGUGGCAGCCAGGUUCCAGCGGAUGAGGGAGGAGUUUGACAAGAUGGGUAUGAGGAGGACGGUGGAGGGUGUCCUCAUCGUCCACGAACACAGACUGCCUCAUGUCUUACUGCUGCAGCUGGGCACCACAUUCUUCAAACUGCCUGGUGGAGAGUUGAGUCCGGGAGAAGAUGAGGUGGAGGGUCUGAAACGUUUGAUGACAGAGAUCCUUGGACGACAGGACGGUGUGAAGCAGGACUGGGUCAUUGACGAUUGCAUUGGCAACUGGUGGCGUCCAAAUUUCGAGCCUCCACAGUACCCUUACAUUCCAGCCCACAUCACCAAACCUAAGGAGCAUAAGAAACUGUUCCUGGUUCAGCUGCAGGAAAAAGCUCUGUUCGCCGUCCCCAAGAACUACAAACUGGUGGCAGCACCGCUCUUUGAACUAUAUGACAAUGCCCCCGGAUAUGGACCAAUCAUAUCGAGUCUACCGCAGCUACUGAGCAGGUUCAACUUCAUCUACAACUGAAGUGUGAGAAGGAGUGCGGCGCCCUGGCUGUCUCUGUGAGUGCAGCCACUUGGGGGUGACGGUCAGAGAGGAGACGACCAUAUGAAUUAUACUCCACUGUCACAUGAAAGCUCAUCGUGUCAACACCAUGGACAGUGUACCGGGUAGUUUACUGUUAAUAGAGGGAUAUGUCUUGUACAUUUUUUUUUUUUAAUCUGAAAAGAAAAAAAAGGUAGAAUUUUGCAGAAUACAAGUCCUGAUACCAGUGUGGUGAAAAUCUUCUUUAUGCCCCCUCAGAAGAGGGCAGUGUUUAAUUAAAAAAAAUAAUAAAAUACACCAUUCAGUUGUUUUGUUGUUUUAACCUGUAUUGAUAU